AUGCUGCUGCUCCGAGGCCGCCGCAGGCGGAUGGAUAACCUCGGGAGACGCGGCGACCUGGACUCCCUCUGCCGGGCCUUGCUCACCCGGGGCCUGGCCGCCCUGGGUCGCUCUCUGAAGCAUGUGCUCAGCGCCAUAUUCUGCAAGACUUCCAGUCCCCACGCCAGGCACGUUUUAGGCGAAAGCCAGACUCGCGUUUCUGGGCCAGGGCGCGCGGGAGUGCGCAGCGUCUCAGCUAGCAAGUCGGGGUACUCGCGGCCCCCCUCCCCCCAGGGGAACUCCGAACGCCGGGCUCUGAGCUCCCUCGAGGCGGCUCCCAAGGUGAGCAACCCGGUGCGGGCAAGAGCAGGGCUUCGGAGGCGCAUGGCGAAGGAGCCCGAGACUGGGCAGGCGAGGAGCGUGGGGAACGUGGAGGAGAAAUCCAACAAGCUGCUGCUGGCUUUGGUGAUGCUCUUCCUAUUUGCGAUGAGCGUCCUCCAAUACGUGUGCCCCAGCAAAGAAUGCCAACUCCUCCGUCUGCAGGCAUUCAGCUCCCCGCUGCCGGACCCAUACCGCUUGGAGGAUGAGAGCUCUGCCAGGUUCGUGCCCCGUUAUACUUUCAGCAACGGCGACCUUCUGCGCAAGGUAGACUUCGACAUCAAGGGCGAUGACCGGAUCGUGUUCCUGCACAUCCAAAAGACUGGAGGCACCACUUUCGGCCGCCACCCGGUGGGCAACAUCCAGCUGGAGCAGCCGUAUGAGUGCUGCGUGGGUCAGAAGACAUGCACUUGCCACCGACCGGGUAAGUGGGAGACCUGGCUCUUCUCCGGGUUCUCCACGGGCUGGAGCUGCGGACUGCACGCCGACUGGACCGAGCUCACCAGCUGCGUGCCCGCCGUGGUGGACGGCAAGCGCGAUGCCAGGCAGAGACCGCCCAGGUGA